UCACGGGCUUUUGAGGAUUUCAUUAGCUUCUUCUUCUUCCUCCCCCUCCUCCUCUUCUUCUUUAAGUCCCUCUGGGACUUCCAUCGUCUCAUCUUUCCACUCAGUCCCCGUCAUCUGACUCGUGACACUCGGAGCUCUCUGUAUAAAUAACGUCUCGCAUCAAGAGGCGCUGCCAAAAAGACCCCAGAAGAGACGAAGGUUCACGUGAGACUCGUCUUCGUCAGCUCGAGCACUUUCUAGAUCCUCCCCUCAAGAAGAAGAACAAUGGAGCACCUGGAGAACUCCACCGCGUCCCCCGAGCGGCUCUUCGUGCACACGCAGAGCACCGCGCGCUCCCAGGCGGGCAAAGGCGACGGGAACGCGUACCUGUACAUCCUGAUCGUCAUGUCCUUCUACGGAAUCUUCCUCUGCGGUAUCAUGCUGGGCUACGUGCGCUCCAAACGGCGGGAGAAGAGGAGGACCAACGUGUUCACGCGCCUCGUGCACGAGGAGGAGCAGCGGGAGUGGGGCGCGCGACCCAAGAAACACAGCCUCGCGUUUCCCGCCGCCGUCUCGGAGCUGCGCGCGGUGCAGCUGUCCAUCCCCUUCUGCGGUAGUAGUAGCCACGGCAACCAAUUCGGGCACCUGCACUGCGCGAGCGCGCCGCCGUCCCCGCUGGCGUGCACGCUGUGCGCAGAGCAGAACAGCGUCAGCUCGCUGUGCUCGUCCGCGGACACGCGCUGCGCCAUCGAGGAGGAGGAAUCAGACGUCGGCGCGGAGGCCGCGAAGGGAGGGGCCAGAAACGGCGUGGAUGAUUCGUGCUGAACCUCCUCUAGAAAAUACCCGAAAGAGGAGAACCCCACCUGCAGAGGAGACCACGUGACGCAGGCGGUCCAAUCAGAACACCAGCAGUUUGCCAUCAAUAAGAAGAAGAAAAAACUCCAUCAAUCAUCCACGAUAUGAUAUCCAUGAAAGGGGCGGGACCAGUCAGGCCACAUAGGAGGUCUAUGUGACGUGUGUUAGAUUACUGAUAGGUGGAGGGGCGGGGAGGGGUCGUGGCGAUUUAUUUUAAAGUGUCUUAACUGAUUCUUAAUGUGUGUUUUCAUAAAUGAUGAGAUCUAGUGAGAGUGAAAGCUCACCAUAGGCCAGCACAGUCACACACACACACACACACACUCACGCACACACACAGUCACACAGUCACACACACUCUCACACUCACUCACACAUACACGUACACACACUCACACACACACACACACAUACACACACAUACAUGUACAUACACACACUCACACACUCACACACGCACGUACUCACACACACACUCACACACAUACACACUCAGAUACACACACACACUGAUAGCUGCUGGAACAUCUAAAUAUGUCUUUAAAAAACACCUAAAUAAUACAAUAUGAUAUUAAAAUGCAACAUUGUCUCCUCUUCUUCUUUAACUGAUGACUCACCCUGCAGGGCGGAUGGAGAGACUUUUCGGGGGGGGGGGGGGUAUUCGGACUGAACUUGACUUGCUCUUGGCCCCCAGUCUCUGGAACGUACCUGGAACCCACUUGAAGGAUUUGUCGAGCCUCUAUAUAGAGAUGUGUGUGUGUGUUUGUGUGCGUGUGUGUGUGGCUCCGUGAUGCAUUUAUAGGUUUGCAUAUUGUUUCUAUGCCUUUUGGCUUCAUUUGAAUCUUUUGCAGUGUUUCAGAAAACCAAAAUAAAAUGAAUUGAAUAUGA